CGACUGCGCAUGCGUACUAUCGAACAGUCAGCGCUAGACUGACACUACAACCGUCCUGUUUCCUCUUUAUGAGCUUUCGCCACUAUAGCCAAACAUACACUGCUGCACUUUACUUUCCUGCUGUCUUAACUUUUCAAACAGCUUGACAUUUUUCUAGCUACUUCCUCACCAACAGUAUCAACCUUUUUAAUGUGCUUGCUGUGAAACAUUUCUUUUAUAAUUAGCAUUUUCUUAAUUUUCCUCCAAAAUGCCCGAGUUUAUAUCGGUGGACGAUUUUAUCGCGGAGACUUUGGAGGACUACAGCUCUCCCACUACCUCGUCCUUCUACACCAAAAUGACAAGUUGCCGAAAUUCCGCCUACAAUAUCGAGGAGGCCUUGGACUCUGACCGCACAAUCUUGCAGAAAAUGAAGAAAGCAGCCAAAGCAAAGCACAUCUCUGGCCAAGACCACAUAUCACAUUUGGAGUCAUACAUCAAUUCAAUGGAGAAGUUGGCUGUGAAUUUCUGCAACAAUGGAGAACAGGAAGUAGCCUCUGCAUUUAAUAAGUUUGCAGAAUUCUCCAAAGAACUGCUGCCGCCAAUGAAGAACUUGUUUAAGAGCAUGUUGCACAAUGUCAACUUCUUCCUGGACUCACUGGUAAAAGGGGAUCUGAAAGAGGUCAAAGGAGACCUGAAAAAGCCUUUUGACAAGGCGUGGAGAGAUUAUGAGAAUAAAUUCACUAAAAUUGAAAAAGAGAAGAGGGAACUGGCGAAGCAGUACGGUAUGGUGCGCACAGAGGUGAGCGGAGGAGAGAUUGCAGAAGAGAUGGAGAAAGAGCGCAGGAUGUUCCAGCUACAGAUGUGUGAAUACCUUAUUAAAGUAAAUGAAAUUAAGACCAAGAAAGGAGUAGACCUGCUACAGAACCUCAUCAAACACUACCACUCUCAAUGCAAUUUCUUUCAGGAGUGUUUGGCGGCAACGGAAAAACUCAAGCAGUACAUUGAUGUCCUGACGGGCCAGUUGAGUGCUAUCAAACAUCAGCAGGAUGAUGAGAAGAGACAGCUCUGUUCUCUCAGAGAUCAGCUCAGACCUGCUCUGCUGCCCGAAUUCAAAGAGCAGUCCAGGAGAGAUUCUCUAAGCAGACAGACUGUGUACAGCAUGCACCAGCUUCAAGGCAACAAGCAAUAUGGCACAGAUAAAUCAGGCUACCUCUACAAGAGGAGUGAUGGGUUGAGGAAGAUGUGGCAGAAGAGGAAAUGUACCGUGCAGAACUGCUAUCUUACCAUCGCUCAUGGAACCCCUAAUAAAUCACCAGCUAAACUGAAUCUCCUCACCUGCCAAGUCAAACCAAGUCUGGAAGACAAGAAAUGCUUUGACCUCAUCUCACAUAAUCGAACUUACCAUUUUCUGGCUGAUGAUGAGUCUGAUUGUGUGGCGUGGAUAUCAGUGCUAACAAACAGUAAGCAGGAGGCUCUAAAUGUGGCUCUGGAUGAGAGGAGGCAAAGUGGGGAGAACAGUGUUGAGGAUCUGACACGAGCCAUCACUGAGGAUAUUCGCCGCAUGCCUGGAAACAAUGUUUGCUGCGACUGUGGGGCCCCAGAUCCGUCUUGGAUCUCUAUAAACCUGGGAAUCCUGACGUGCAUUGAGUGCUCAGGGAUCCAUCGGGAAAUGGGUGUACAUUAUUCACGUAUUCAGUCGCUUUCACUUGACAAACUAGGCACUUCAGAAUUGCUGUUGGCGAGAAACGUGGGGAAUUCAGGUUUUAAUGAAAUUGUGGAGGCCAGUCUUCCUAGUCCCUCUGUGAAGCCAUCAGCAGAGAGUGACAUGGCCAUACGUAAGGACUUCAUACUCUCAAAGUAUAUGGAAUGGCAGUUUGCACAACAUAGUGGCGGCUCACUGGAAAUAAAACGCAAAUAUCUGCAGGACGCUGUGCGCAGUCGGGAUGUUUUUAGCCUCUUGCAGCUCUACGCUGAGAGAAUGGACUUCAGCCUGCCACUGCCAUGCCCCCUACAGGAAAAGGGGGAAACUGCAUUACACCUAGCCGUCCUGUUGUCUGACAGGACAUCGCUCCAUGUGGCUGAUUUCCUGUUCCACAACUGUAAUAAUCUGGAUGCUCAGAAUGUGAAGGGGAACACUGCUUUGCAUUACUGCUGUCAGCACAACAAAACCGAGUGCCUUAAACUUCUGCUCAGAGCCAAGGCCAACACACAUAUCAAGAAUGAUGAUGGAGAGACGGGGCUGGACAUGGCUCGCAGACUGAAGCACAUGCUGUGUGAGGAGCUGAUCCACCAAUCACAGAACAACCAGUUCAACAUGCAUGUGCACGUGGAGUAUGAGUGGAAACUCCGGCAAGAUGACCUUUACGAGAGUGAUGAGGACCUAGAUGACAAGAUGGGCCCAGUGAAGAAGGAGCGCUUAGGAAGGCCAUUCAGCUUGUAUCACAGUAGCUCCGCCUCUCACGGUGGAGGAGGAAGUAGUGGAGGGGGGCUGUUCAAUGUGGGUCGGAGGCUGGCAAUGGCCCGGGGAGAAAACCGGAGGGAUGUGUACGACAGUCCCAACUCUCAGACACGCAGCAUCGACAGUCCCCCUCCGCCACCCCCUUCAUCGCCCGCACCGCCACUGCCACCUCGAGUCAGAGCUCCAAACAUCCCCCCUCCUCCCCCUCCUAUGAGCUCACCUGAUGACUGGACGUCCCAUGAAGUGAGCAGCAGUAAGAAACGAACCCCUCCUCCCCCUCUCGUCAUCCGACACAAGCGCACCUACUCUGAGCCUGCCCCUCAGGUGCCCCCCAGCCCCCACUCUACACGGCAGGGACCAACAGAUUAUGGAGUACCUGCAGGUGCGAGAAGCUUCGGUGGUCCAGACUCACCUUUCCAGAAGUGUGUCUCAGGGUCUCCCAAAUACACCACGUCCACUCUCAACUCCUUAUCUGAGCUACCAGAACGAGCAGGCUUUCGAGCAGAUGGGGAGAGCAGCUCGUCUCACUUUCUGUACCAAACCCCACAGCCCAUCAGCAGUGGCGGGCGGCACACCCCGGCCCUGUCCCCCACCUCCCCACGCUCCUUCAGCCUGGAGGCUAACGGCAGCUCCUCUUCCUCCUGCCACACUGCUCCUCACCCACUGCCCAGAAAAACCCUGAUGAAGUCGAAGCUGAAGCGUGUUAAAGCCAUGUAUGACUGUGUGGCGGAUCAUCACGAUGAGCUCAGCUUUAAUGAGGGUGAGGUUCUGGUGGUUCUCGGAGAGGAGGAUGCUGAUUGGUGGCACGGCUACGUCGAGGGACAGUCAGGCAGAAUGGGCUUAUUUCCAGCAUCGUUUGUCUCUAUGGUUGCUGAAUGAAGCUGGCCAACGGAGCUGAAAUCAUAGCACGGUCUACUCUACUGCCAAAGCACCCUGGGAAAUGAGGGGUUUGAAGUCUAUCCACAGAACCAUCGGUAAUGAAGAAUCAGCAUAACAAAGCAGCACUCACAGGCCCGUCUGCAGCACCAAGAGAGAUGGGAUAUGUGGAGCACUUUGUGCUGUGCACAAAACUUCUCAUAGUUUGGUUCUACAGGCCCCUCAGAUAUGAGAAUCAUGCCCUCCUAUCCAUCCACAGACCAGCCUAGCCGAACGCUCAUAGAGUAAAAUCUAUCAUCCUGUACGCUCCUAAAAGUGCUCCAAAAGCACACACAGCAUGAACUGCAUGUCAUGUUACAUUGAACUGAACUCAAAUGUGAAGAAUCAUAUAUGCCAGAUCACAGAAUCGUAUUGAAAAAGUAUAAUGCUGAGAUUGUGCUGCUAUUCAAAAAAUGGAGAACAGCUUUAAAGCACAAUCCUUUGCAACAGGGUAACUGUGUGAAAACGUAAUUCAUUCAGAAAGCAAAUCAGGAAAAAACAAAUGAAUUAUGAAUGUUGUGUGUUUGGGUGAAUACAAUAUCCAGGUCAUAUUUCGCCUACAUUUUAAAGAACAAACUUUUUUUUUUUUGUACCAAGAAUUAUUAUUUUUUCAACAUUUAAGCACAUUUCCCUCCAAAAUCUCAGUUUUUAAAAAAUUAUAUUCCAAGUUUGAAAUCUUAUUUCCAUUACUGUAUUAAAUACUGUAAACAGUAUUUUUUUUAAAGCAGGGAAAAUACUACCAUAAUGCUGGUAUACAAGUAUACAUAUGUUUGCAUUAAAGUGAUUAGAAUGAGAUUGUUUCACAUUACAGCAACAAUUUGGGAAGAAAGGUGCUUUAAAAAUAUAUAAAAGUUGUAAUAAAACUGUAAUGGUCCUGAAACAUUUCUUUUCUUUAUGCUAAACAAAAGACAUGGACAUGUUUGAGAACAGGAGAUUGUGAGAUCACCCAUUUAUUGUUCUAUUGUUUCCAUAACUUCAGAUGAAAUAAUCACUGAAUAAAUGGUUAAGUGGUUUAUUGAAAACAGACCACAGAUUAAUCACAGGUUCACACAAAACAUCAUGAACAUAGAAGCUUACAAAGAUGUGCACACACCACGCAAUUUGGCCAUUACAAUGGGAUCGAACCAUCACAUUCAGCUGGACAGUCUUUGAAUAUGAGCUAACUCCUUAAAGUGCUUUGAGAGUCGAGAACUACUUGUGGCAGAAGGCAAUUUUUUAAAAUCAUGUCACACCCAGGGAAUAUUAAAUCUGCGGUCACAUGUUGAAUCUGACUUGUAAACAAAACCAUAAAAAGUCAUUUGGCCACAGCUUUUCUUGACAUUACUGCUCAAUAUCUUGGACUCCUCCUAAAUAAUCUUUCCAGCAGGGAGGUGGAAUAAAUAUUCAAUUUUAAUUGGUGAGAUGUUUCUCUACUUGCAUUAGAGGACCUUAUAUAAAUAUAAACCGUCAUGCAUUAAAAGUUGAAAUUGUGGUUUUUACUUGUUAAAGAACCUGAUCGGAAAACUAGUGCAUUGUGAGAUAUUUAUGUAUUGUGCUACUCAUUAAAAAAUCGGCUUGUAUGUU